ACUCUUGGAUCCAUACCAUCAAAUAUCAAACGAUUGACAUUAAAUCAUUCAUUCAAUGAACCUAUUGAGCCUGGUACCCUUCCCUCGACACUAAAGUCACUCACACUUGGAUGGAGCUUCAAUCAACCAUUUCUUGAGGGUUCGCUACCACAGUCACUCAAGGAGUUGAUCAUUGGAGGUGGCUUCAAGCAGGAGAUCGAUAACUUGCCUCAUUCAAUCACAUCGUUGGCAUUGCAAAAUGAUCAUUUGUUCAAAUCAAGUAGACAUGGACUAAGUAACACACCUACAUCAUUGACCAAACUUAAGUUCAUGGAUAUUCACCAUAUGAAAAUCACUCCUGGAAUGAUUCCAGCCUCAAUCACCAAGUUGGAUUUGAGCGAUGGCGAGUUGGACCAGAUAUGUCCGGGUGCGCUCCCGCCCUCACUAUGUUCACUUAACGUUGGCAGUUGCUACUCAUAUAAGAUCAAGCCGGGUUUGUUGCCCGAGUCGAUCAUAUCACUUAAGUUGGGCGACUGGUAUGAUCAUCCGGUCGCGCCAGGCAUGCUACCCAAAUAUCUCAGAAAGUUAUCGAUUGGAGAAAACUUUAAUGAGGAGCUCCUGCCUGGAUCACUCCCGCCUACACUCACCAUGCUGUCCAUGGAGAGCGGAGAUUAUGAUCACGAGUUGGUUCCUGGUGUGUUACCUGCGUCCCUCAAGAAACUGAUCAUGAGUGAUACAUACUCCCACGCACUCACUCCAGGCACACUUCCCCAAGGUCUUGAGGAGUUGGAGCUUGGUGCCAACUUUGAUUCUGAACUUGGUCCUGGUGUGUUGCCAUCCUCGCUCACUAAAUUUAUGCUUGGACGCAACUUCUUCCCGCCAUUGGACAAGGUUGUAUUGCCAGCCAGCAUAACAUCACUCGCGCUCUAUCAUCCCGAGCAGAGAAAAUACAUCACGGCGGACACGAUUGUCAAUGUUCAGUUGGGAUGCACUGUUUUGAAACAUCUGGAAUUGUACCCAAUCACAAACAAGUUGGACUCGCUGGGGUUGCAGACGCGAUCGCCAAACUCAUGCCAGACCAAGUCAGCUUCACUCUCAAUCUUGGAUGAUUGGUUCAGGAAGUUGUGUGGUGGCAGUGGCAGUGGCGGGCUGGCACUCGUACCAAACGCAACCAACUACUACCUAAUGGAUUACAAUUUCUCUGAUGAAGCAGAUGAGUUAAUGUAUCAAUAUCGUUUGAUUGAUCGAAGACUGGCCAUUCGUUGUUCAGCCAACAAGGACAAGCCACAUAAAUGGACGCCCGUGUACAUAUCA